AUGAUGGAGACGAAAAAUAGAUUCCAAAUAUGCGAUGAAAUCGAUACUAAGGAGUUGGCGAAAGUGAUUGAGAACUGCCUCAAGGCGGAACCGGAAGAGAUCGUUGUUAUCCAAACUUCGAACCCAUCGUCGUUGAAUCGGGCAGUCCGAGCGGCGGCGAUGGUCAGUCAGAUGGAAAGGCUCCUACCUUUAGUGCUGCGCUUUACAGGGCCACCGACUGAUGGUGAGGACAUAUGGGUGAGCAUGGCAAUCGAAUGCAUACCCGAAGGAGAUGUGAGUGAGAUGAAGUCCUUACACGUAUCUACUAAGAGUAGCGUAUCGGCCUUGGCUGUUGCUAUCACUAAUAUUGUACAUGAUGGGGAAGCGGCUAGGCUAGUUGGGAUAGGCCCGGAAAACGUAUACAAAAUGGCAAAGGCGAUUGCUAUUGCGGCUAACCAUUGUUCGAACCCAGCGAUUGGCCCUGUUGGUGAACUCAUGUGUCGAGCAAGCACUGUCGUGUUGGACCCUACGACUAACACUGUACCGACACAGCAUUCCCUAAAGACAGCUGAAGGUCUGGUUACCUUCGACGAGCAGUUGGAAGAAGUCGUGGGCUCUGGUUUGGAUAAGAACUCCUUCAAGGCUAUCAUGGAAGCACUUGCGAAGUUAUUCCGUUCGCUACCGCCAUCAGAGGCUUCGACAGCUCGCCAGGACUUUGUGGAUUUCGAUGGUCUUCGUCGACUCUUCUCCACCUACGUUUUGAUAGUGGCAGAGGAGACCACCGAGGAAGCCAUGGUUGCGAAUCUCACUACUGUUUUCUUCCCAUUCCUCGAGCCAAUCGUCCUGGGGUGUCGAGACGCUCGUGCUCUCGUCGAUGAGAGUGGCUUGCUGAAGACGAGCAGUGAACUGUGCAAGUUCGCCAUCGCAACUUCUACUGGGGAGUCUGCGGUGUGUAGAGGCAUACGAUUGAUGGUGACAGGCUGUGAUAAUGCUAAGUGGACUGUUCUGAAGACGGGCUUGCUUGACCACAUUUUGGAUCUGCUACGUCGGCAAGCGGUAGAUGAGGAAUCUGAGCCAGACUUGCAAGUACUGCUAUGUGUGAAGGCAUUGAUUAUUGAUGACGACAAGUUGGCGAAGAACCCCGCGCAUGUCUGGGCUCGAGAGCUCUGUUGCGAUGAAAAUCAUAUGACCAACACGCGCGUAGUGUUACGAAGGCUGAAAGACGUUGGAAAUUCACAAACGGCUGAGGUCCUCGCACUAUUCUUGAGGGAGUUCUCGAACACCACUGAUAACGCGAAGAUUUUGGCGAAUCCGGACGGUGAUAAUUUUCUGGCUUGGGCGGUUGGUGUGCUACAUAACGGGUUCAAGGAGGGCAAUCCGGGGAGUGAAUUGUUGAAGACAAUGCGGAUGACGUCGUCAUUCGUUCGGCAAGUUGCCUUUAUUGACGACUUGAAACCUGUCGUAUGCGAAGUCCUAGUAUCGAAAAUGUUGCUUCCACUGAUGGCGGACUGGAUUGGUCGUUUACAUGACGAAGACACAACAGAGAAGGAUGCUAACGAUGUGAUCAAGUCGGGGAUAGCUGAUAAUGUCUUUGGCAUUAUUGCUAAUAUUACGAUGCGGCAACCCGACAUCGUGGAGAGGCUCAAUGAGGCCUUUGAUAUGCCCUCUUUGAUAAAGCUAUCGAUCGCUGCUUAUUGUAAGAAGAGCGCGCGAACUGAGAAGCAGAUCCUGCAAGUGUUGAAUAAUUUCCUAAGAAGCCCGGUUGGUCGCAGUAAGUGCAUUGAUGCGGCGCUACUCGACGACGUCGCGUGGCAUUGGGCGAGUGACUGGGAGAAAAUGAGAAUCUUCGAUAAGAAGAGCACCAAGAGCAUAGGUUGGGGAGAAGUGUCCGAUCUGGCUCGACGGAUAUUAAUUGAGAGUAGACACGAAAGCACGAUGGUUGAUGGUUCGUAG